ACCCUGUAUAUUGUAUUUUGUGUGAUAUGUACAUAUAGGGUUCCUUUCUAGCAAGAGCAAGUUCAAGCUUUCCACGUACGAUGUCGUUGAGUGGCAUACUAUUCUGUUGUUGAUUACUUGUUAUAAUAUGAAUCUCCAUGGAAAAACAUGGAUAUUCAAACGACAAAUACACGAAGGAAAAUAUUAAAUCAUGUAGUCUGUAGCAUUCUAGUAGAAAGUGGCUAUGAUACUGGCGAGAAACAAGCAUUAGAAACCCUGACAGAGAUGCUGCAAUCUUUUAUAGUAGAGGUGGGAGAAUCUGCAAGAAAUUAUUGUGAAUUGUCUGGCAGAACCGAACCACUCAUAGCAGACAUUAUAUUAGCAUUGAUAAAUAUGGGUAUAAAAUUGGAUAAUUUAGAAACUUAUGGGAAGAGAUUGAACAGGACAGUAUUACCACCACUUCAGCAACAGACUCAAUCAAAGCAAUUAAAUAUUUUACAAGCUGGAGUAAAACAAGGUCAUCCAUCUCAUAUACCUGGUUACUUACCGCUCUUUCCUGAUCCACAUGCAUAUAUUAGGACACCGACACAUAAACAGCCAGUCACAGAAUAUGAAGCAAUAAGAGAAAAAGCAGCAACACAGAAACGUGAUAUUGAAAGGGCUUUGACUAGAUUUAUUGCAAAAACUGGAGACACUCAUAGCUUAUUUUUAACAGAAGACAACAGUAUGUUUCCAUUGAUAUCCUGUAAAGCACAAUUUCCUAGUUACCUAGCUGCUCUUCUUCCUCAAGAUCAAGUGUUUGAAACUGAUCAAGAUUUCCAAUUUGAACCAAGUCCAGUAAAAAAGAAAAAGGAGCAAGAAUUGGAAGAAACAGAAGAAGGUAUGAAAGUACAAAACGAAGAUACUGAACAAAAUGGGGAAACUACAACACAACAAGAUGCUAUUGAUAAUCCCUACUUACGUCCUGGAAAAAUACCAAAGAAUAAAAUGCCAGGUGCAGUACCUCCAAGUUCACACACAAUGAAGAGAGAUUCUCUAGAAUGUUGAUGAUUUAAUCAAAUACGUUCUUCUAAGUUUAUUAAUUUUUUGACUAAGGAUGUGUAUAUAAUGUUCUUAUACUAUACAUGAUCAAUAAGUUUUUAUAUUUGUAUUACAAUAAAAAUUAAUCUUUAUUAUAAAUAGGUUUACAGAAA